UGUAUUUCCCCAUUCAAGCAUUUUUCUGAUAUCCGUUUUGAGUCCCAACUAAUCUAAAUUAAUAUCCAAAAGUUUUACUUUAAGGUAAAACCUUUUCUAUGAGAGGCAUAUCAUAUAUCUAAGACUCAAACUCGAAUUUUUUAGUCAGGAUGAAGGAGUACAUAUUAUUCCGGCACAAUCUUUGGUGGUCCCAUUCAAGCGUUACAAAACUAGUCUUCAACUACAACUCCUAUUCUUCCUCUUCAACCCCGCACCUAUAUAUUUCUCUAUAUAUAUGUACAGAUAUUUAUAACAAUAAUACUUAGUAGUAAAAAGUACUAUAUAUUCUUCUGCUAGUUUGGUCGGUUUGUCUCUGGUUCCAUAGACGAGAGAGAAUGGGGAAGAUAUGUGACAAAGUGCAUGGAUUAAAGCCUGUAAUAAUGAUGGUGUUUGUUCAGAUAGCUUAUGCAGGAAUGAGUUUGUUCUAUAAAUUAGCUUCUAAUAAUGGAAUGAGUUUGAGGGUUUUGAUUGCUUAUCGCUUCCUCUUUGCUGCUGCUACUGUUAUUCCUUUGGCCCUUUACUUUGACAGGAAGACGGCGCCAAAAUUGACAUGGAUGGUAAUGUUGCUUGCAUUUCUUUCUGCACUCUUCGGAGGUUCAAUGGCACAAAAUUUGUUUGCAGCAAGUUUAGUCCUAACUUCAGCAACUUUUGCUACAGCUAUGAUUAAUCUAAUUCCUGGCAUCACUUUUGUUAUAGCCAUAUUCUUUAGGUUGGAGAAGUUGGGUUUGAAAACAAGGGCAGGGCAGGCAAAAGUGUUGGGAACAUUAAUUGGAAUAGGUGGGGCUAUGCUUCUCACCUUUUACAAAGGCUUGGAAAUUAAAACAUGGUCAACCAAAGUUGUCUUUAGUGGACAGAUGGCAGCUUCUCACCAACACCAAAAACCAUAUGCUCAUAUUUUGGGUCCUAUUUUGGCUAUUUGUAGUUGCUUUUCCACAGCAUUAUCCCUCAUUUUUCAGGCGAAGAUGAGUGAGUUGUAUCCUUGCCAUUUUUCUAGCACUGCCCUAAUCUCUAUUAUGGGAGCACUUCAAGCUGGAGUUUUUGCACUUUGUACUGAAAGAGAUUGGAGCCAAUGGAAAUUAGGAUGGAACCUUAGACUGCUUAUAGUAGCUUAUGCGGGGAUAGUGGCUUCUGGAAUAACAAUCAUCUUUUUGAUGUUUUCUGUAAGAAUGAGAGGUCCAUUAUUCCUGUCUAUUUUCACCCCUUUGAUGCUUGUAUGUGUUGCCAUUGCCGGUUCUUUAUUUCUCAACGAGAAAUUACACUUGGGAAGUGUUCUAGGAGCUGCGAUAAUAAUAUUUGGAUUGUACGUUGUGCUGUGGGGGAAGAACCAAGAAAUGAAAAGGGCUUCCAAAUUGACACCUUCGAAGAGCAGUGAUGAAUUGGAGCAAGAAUAUAUAGUUUCUAACAACAAAUUAGAGACCAAUUGUAGCAAUGUUAUUGGAAUUGCUCCCAAUUUCCAUCCCAUGAAUGAAAUGGAAGGACUUUCUCUUCAACAAGUUCUAAAGGAAGAAGAAGGGUCUAUUAAUCUUGAUUUAAAGGUUUAGAAAUUUUCUCCAUAUAAUACAACUGGGAUAAGAUGAUUAAUCUAUUGAUCAUAUAGUAGUGCAAAACUCUUGGUACUCUCCUCUUC